AUUUUUUUGUUGUGUAAGACAAGAUGCAAGAUCCCACACCCAGAACACACCACCCUUUACAGUCUGAAGAAGUUGGAUUUGAUCCUCUACAGUGCGAUAUAGGCAGACAUGAUGAAGGAACAUCAGUUGAUGACAAAAGAAGUAACCCUGCCUCUGAUUCAGAACAAAUCUUUAUAUCAUACAGCAAAGAGUGGGAAGAACUUUUUGUAAACAGCAAUUAUUUGGCAACGAUACGUCUGAAAGGGAUUAAUGGGCAGCUGAGAAGCAGCAGGUUCCGGAGUGUUUGCUGGAAGCUGUUUCUAAAUGCUUUACCCCUAGACAGAAGCCAAUGGAUAACCAAAACGGAGGAGUUAAGAACAGGGUAUAAAAAGAUUAAGGAAAUACAUAUAACAAAUCCUCGAAAUGCUGCUGGCCAGCAGGACUUAAUGAUAAACAAUCCACUGUCUCAGGAUGAAGGGAGCCUCUGGAAUAAAUUUUUCCAAGAUAAAGAACUACGAGCAAUGGUGGAUCAAGAUGUUAAAAGAACGUUUCCAGAAAUGCAGUUCUUCCAACAGGAGAAUGUAAGAAACAUCCUUACUGAUGUACUUUUCUGCUACGCCAGAGAAAAUGAUCAUUUGCUUUAUAAGCAGGGAAUGCAUGAAUUGUUGGCACCUAUAUUGUUUAUACUUCAUUGUGAUCAUCAAGCAUUCAUGCAUGCAAGCGAAGCUGCACAGCCCAGUGAAGAAAUGAAGGUUCUGUUGAAUCCUGAUUACCUAGAACAUGAUGCCUAUGCCUUGUUUUCAAACCUUAUGGGAAGCGCAGAGCCUUGGUUCUCCACAUGUGAGCAUGAUUCUCGUAAGGAUAAAGAUGAAUUGAUCUCAACCCCGCCAUUUGCAAGACCUCAGGACAUUGGGCCUUCCAUUGCUAUUGUGACAAAAGUCAACAAUAUCCAAGACCAGCUACUGAAGAAACAUGACAUAGAACUAUAUAUGCACCUCAACAGACUGGAAAUUGCCCCUCAGAUUUAUGGAUUACGAUGGGUACGCCUCUUGUUUGGUCGGGAGUUCCCUCUGCAGGACCUGCUAGUCAUUUGGGAUGCUUUAUUUGCAGAAAGCAUUACAUUAGAUUUGGUGGACUAUGUUUUUGUAGCCAUGCUGCUGUAUAUUAGGGAUGCAUUAAUCUCCAGCAACUAUCAGACGUGUCUGGGACUUCUAAUGCAUUACCCACCUAUCGGUGACGUACAUUCCCUAAUUCUCAAGGCUCUGUUUCUGAGAGACCCAAAGAAAAACCCAAGACCUGUGAGCUAUCAGUUCCACCAAAACUUAGAUUUCUACAGGGCACGAGGAGUAGACUUGUUGAACAGGUCACGGGCUAAUGCCAAGCCUGCUACCAUAAAUAUAAAUAAAGUCUCUAGCAGUUUACGGAGUCUUGGAUGGAAACUAAUUGGCCCAGCAAUUCCAACUGGAGGAACAAUGAAUCCAAUGAUAUCAUCAACAAACACCAACAUAAGCCAUAGUGUUGUAAGAGCCAGUUUUUCAGAAGUUCUUCCAAGUCAAUCUGUUGCUGAACCUACACCACAUCGGGCUUCACCACCCCUGCAGAUGCCACAAAAUCAGCGCAUGAUGAAAUCAGAGAGCAUGCCUGUACACCUCAGUAAAGGCCAGAGCUCCAAAGACGUCACUUCAUCUCCGAGCAUUGAGAGUUUGCCUGGAGGCCGUGACCACACAGACUCUCCUUCGCUGUCAGCCGGGAAGAAGGAUUCCUUUUUCAGCAACAUCUCCCGUUCUCGUUCCCUCAGCAAGUCUCAAGGGAAAAGAGAAUCUGAAGAAGAUCUUGAAGCUCAAAUUUCAUUCCUCCAAGGACAACUGAACGAUUUGGAUGCAAUGUCCAAAUACUGUGCAAAAAUUAUGAAUAUCCAUCUUGGUAAUAUCCAAGAUGUUAUAUUACAAGAGAAGCUAGAAAGAGAAGAUAAAAUCCAGGUGUCCCUAGCUGUACUGAAGCAGGUAAAGGACAUUUUAAAAGGGUCCCUACGGUUCAAUCAAAGCCAUCUUGAAGCUGACGAAAAUGAGGAGAUAACCAUCAGAGAUGACCACUAUUGCUCUAGCCUGCAGAAAAAAGAGGAAAGUGAUGGCCUCGCCAAGGAGAUGCAGGAAGCACCAAGCCAAGAAAAGGUACAUUUGCUAGAGGCAGAGGGUGAUGAUUCUGGAAGUACAGAGAGUCGGCAAUCUGAUGAUUAUAUACUUAUCACCAAGGAAGGUGAAACCAGUAGCUGCAAUGCAGGCUUGGAGCCGGCACAGAAGGAGCCAAUGAAGAAAUACAGUGGUCCAUCAGACAAGAAACAUGAAGCUCCAUCAAACCCACUAACCUUCUCAGACCCUCUGAUGGGUGGACAAAUUUCCUCUGGCAAUCUCAGUUCCAGUCCGGAUGACGACAGCAGCAACAGCAAGGAUUCCGACUUCACCAUUGUUAGUCCAUUAGACAUUUAAUGGUUCUGCUUGUUCUUUCCUUUUUUUUUUUUAAGAUACUUUGUAAUAUGCGGGAUGCCCUUCAUGUAUUAUAAUAUAUGUAGGGAGUAGUUUUGUUAUGUGUGGACAGGAAGAGUUGCCACAUCCUGUUCAUUUAUGCAAGCUGUUAUGCAGAGCACAAAUAACAAUAGACAUUACAGAGAAUAUAGCCAUUGUCAUGAUUGCCUUACAUGUAUACUUAAUACUACUGUACUGUAUGCCCGCUGGUGUCUCUAAGGUUGACCUAGCUUCUUUUUCUGAAUUAAGACUGGGUAGGUCUGGCUCUUCAUCUGUAGCUCCUUCCAAUGGCAGUGUUAGCUGGAGCUUCAUAUAAUUAAGUGGCUUGAGCAACAAAUUGUAAUAUAAAAGAAUAAAG